AUGCUUGAAAACUCUGUCAGAGUCGAUGAUUACUUUGGGAACGAUGACAAUGGACUUUGGGCGUGGUAUCUUUGCAACUUGAGGCGAGGCAACUUUGAAGAGUUAAACGGCAACGAGUUAAAGGCGGCUCUGCUGAGAAGGUUUCUCAACGAGCAAUUGAUGCCAGAGACUGUUCCUUUCAACAAAAAAUUGCUGCUGGUUUCUAUUCCAGAUGAUAUCCACGAAAACACGAAUCUGCUAGAGAAUUUCUUGAGGGACUACUUUCACUUAGACGACCUGCAGUAUAUCCAGAUCCGCAAAUUGACACAAGAACAGUGCUAUAACCACGAGAAUCACUAUCUCAUCUCCGAUAAUCUUAGCAAUUUCAAUGAUAAAUCUUUUUUGGAAUUUGCGGCCAGAAGUAGGAGCAUACGCAGCCCUGCGUUCUCUCGACCGGAGUCUACCGGAAAUGAGUAUAGCAUUAUCAGUGGUGAGACUGGGUUUGACUGUGUCAGGUCAUCUAUAGAGCCACAAGAGAUUUCUGCAGAACCAGGCUCCUCUAAAAUAACAUCAAAAGAUUCAGACUCUGUAAUUACUCCAAGUACGCGUCCGGUAACCGUUGAGAAUUCGGAGUCUCUCAGCUCCAGCGGCGAUGAGCAAGAGGAGGAUAGUGGUGAGCUAGUAUUACAAUUCAAGUGUCAUCGAGUUCACGAGAAAUCUAAUCAAGGACCCGACCUUCGCAAACCGUUCGGACGCGACCAGGACCCCAGCGCUUGUUCCAGUGGAACAUCUUUUGACAGCGAAGAUGGAUCCUCUUAUAAUAGUGAACUUUUGACGCAAACAUUUACUAUAGAAGACAAUUCUGCAUCUCCUACGGCUCCAGGCGAUGUAUCCGAAUUAUCGAGUGUUGAUCACUCGCUGAGAUCCUUGAGUUAUGAUUCUGAUUACUCAAAUGGAUCGAGCUCAAUGACAUCCAUUUUUCCAUCUUUGUCGAUAUCGGAAAAAUUUGGUCGAUUCAGGCUGGUACUGCAAUCUAUAUUGAUACAACAACCGGAUACGCGUCAGCUUUUCACGGCUGUAAGGCAAUCUAAUAACGAUCCUAAUGUUGCUCAUGUCAAAGACGAUUGGCUUUUGUACGAUGAUAAAUUUUCUAUGGACAACCUCCAGAUGCUCGCCUUGCAUGAUGUUUUAGAAAUGAACAAGUUUUUUCCAAAAGUCUUGUUUUACACUUUGGUGAUGAUAGAUGAAGACGUGGCACCGGAUGCACAGACCUACCGUCCAGCUCGUCCGGUAGUGUCACCAAAACCCACUGCAUCGAUAUCCACACUUUCCGAUCACUCGCUCAAACCAGAAACAACCUUGACACUCUUAACUCAAAUGAACUCCCAAGUUAGUAGCGCGGCAGCUUACAACGCACAUUUACCCGCCGUCCAUGGGCCGAGGAGCCGCGAUGGAUAUCAUACAACCUUGAAGGACGCUAAUGGUGGAUAUCGUAACGAAAAUGCGAGCGAAUAUGAGGACAGGUCGGACGAUGAUGAACAAGAAAAUUACAUUAAUGGCGACGGAGGAGAUAUUGUUCAACUUUUUGCUGCAUCGCGUUCUAACUCUAAUAAAUCAGUUGCUCACAGAUCGAUCAGGACGAUCAAAAGUAUUGGAGAUUGGGCGUUUCAUCAUGAUUCGGCGGCAAGAACAUUGGAGUUUUCAUCGCCUUCCGUUUCGGACUUAGGCACUGAGCGUGCAUUGAUGAAAACGAAGUCAAAGUCGUCGGUGAAAAGCGGACUAACAAAAUCGAUGACGAUAGGGUCUUUGAGCACAGUGGAGAGAUCCAAAAGUGUCCCAGUACCCUCGAUUUUGAAGACCUUGAGUAGUUUAGAUGAUGAGGCCCUCUACCUCAAAAGGAAAGUUGCCAAAUUUAAAAGGAAACGGAUGGCAAAGCAUAAGAAAAGUGAGCCUAAGUGUGCGCUUAUGUAG